GACUCUAGUAGUGGGUGUAUAUAUAAAAAAAGUGAGGUAUUAAAGCUAACAGAAAAAAAAAGAGCAGAGAAAGAAAAAAAAUGGCUCCGUCGUCUUCAUCUUCUCCUUCCAAAUCCCCUGUUCCAUCUCUUCACCCUUCCCUUCAUUUCACUCCCAUUCCAGAAUGCGAAGAAGACGACUUCCACGAAGAACGAUACAAAAACAGAGCAACGACACCAAGCAGCGACGGCGGCUCUUCCGCCACUCCAAAUCACCACCGUCACCACAACCGCCGCCGCAGCAACGAGAACAGCUACCAACACACUCUAACCCCUCUCCACCACAACGGAAACAGAAAACGACAAGACCACGACAACGACGAGGAGUACGGAGGAGCAGUCUCGUGCAACAAGUGCCGUCCUCACCACUCUCACCGAGACAAAUUCUCCGUCGUACCUCUCGAAAGCCACACCAACAACACCAACAACAGCAACAACACUUCCUUCAUCUCCAGCCCCAACCUCAUCAUCAAAUCCAUCUUCCAAACCCUCACACGCAAAAGCCCCAAACCCUCCCCCCUUCCCCCGCGCUCCUCCUCCUCCUCCGCCGCAGACGCCUCAAGAGAAGAGCAGUGGCGUCUAGCCGUCGCUGAGCUCUCCCACAAGCUCAUCCAAGCCACCAAGAAGAAAGAAGACGCCGUCGUCGAAGCCUCCCGCCUCACCUCCAUGUCGGAGCUCGAGAAGAAGCUCAACAAGCUCGAGAUCUACUGCCACAACCUCAAAUCCGGCCUCGACGAGUGCAGCAACAAGACGAAACAGAGCAACGUCCCUGUUCGGUUCAACGAACGGAUCAUCCAGCAGUUCCUCGUCUCGGUGUCGGAGUCCCGCUCCUCCAUCAGGGCCCUGAGCAGAGCCCUCGCCUCGCAGCUCCGCACCGUCGGCGGGAAAGUCUACGAGCGUCUCUCCCUCCUCCUCCAGCCUUUCGACGUAAAGAUCAACUCUUUCGCCAAGAACCCUAAAAGCCUCAUUUACCUCGAGGCCAUCCUCAGCAGAGCCUUCUUCGAGGACUUCGAGGCUUCCGGGUUUCAGAAAAACGGGUCGGCCCGGAUCUUGAACCCGAUUGAUCGCUGCGAGUCGAACUACGCUUCGUUUAACGUCUUGAUGGAGCUCACGUGGGACGAGGUGUUGAGCAGAGGGACCAAGCAUUUCUCCGAGGAGUUUAGCCGGUUCUGUGACCGGAAAAUGAGCGACGUCGUUUCGUUGCUUUGUUGGAACCGAGCCUGGCCUGAACCGCUUUUACAGGCUUUCUUUGGUGCGUCGAAGAGUGUUUGGUUGGUUCAUCUAUUGGCUAACUCGGUGAACCCGGGUUUGCAGAUCUUUCGCGUGGAGAAAGAUGAUCGGUUUGAUCCGGUUUACAUGGAGGAAACUGGUGGGGAUCGGUAUAAGAGUGUGGUUCGAGCUAUGGUUCAACCUGGGUUUUAUGUGUAUGGCAGUGUAGUUAAGUGCAAGGUGGUUUGCAAGCAUUGCGGCAGCGACGAGGAGGAAGUGGUGGAAGACCGUUUGGUCAAGGAAUGUAAUAAAAACGACAAGAGUCUAAUAAGCAUUUGUAGCCCAUUAGGAGUCUAAUUUACGUUGGUUAAAGAGUUAUAAUAUGGGUGAUUUUUGUUUUGCGAGCUUGUAAAUUAAAAAAAAUUGGAAUGAUCUUUGAAAAAACUGGUUCUUUUUAAAAUAACGUUUACAAAUGAA